CCGAGCGUUCCGGAACACGCCCCCUCCCUUUUCGACCUCGUUCUGCCUUCGCUCGCGCACGCACGUACGGACAUUCCCCGGACAGCUUGGUCGAUCGCCAUGGAGACCGUGCCGGCGAGGAUGACGACGCAGAUGGCGUCGGCGACGCACCGUCCGCAGAGCACCCGGGGCGCGGGUGCUGCACGCGCGCCGAACAGGGUCGCGUUCCCACCGGCGCGGCAUGGUGGCUGCAGCGUUAGCAGGGACCUCAGGGCGGCCGGUCUCGUCGGGCGCUUCUUCGGCGCCGGCGAGCACAGCAGCCAGAGCCACGAGGUGGACGACCUGGCCCCGGCGAGGCUGUUCGUGGGCCUGCCCAUCGACUCGGUCACGGACGGCGCGACGGUGAACAGCGCGACGGCGAUCGCGGCGGGGAUCCGGGCGGUCCGGCUGCUGGGCGCGGACGGCGUGGAGCUGCCGGUGUUCUGGUCGGUGGCGCAGCCCGAGUCCCCCGACAGGUUCAGCUGGGCCGGGUACAAGGCCGUGGCGGACAUGGUGCGCGCCGAGGGACUCAGCCUCCGCGUGUCGCUCCGCACCCACGGCACUCCCGGCGCCGGCGUCCCCACGCUGCCUUCCUGGGUCAGCCGCGUCGCCGCCGACGACCCCGACAUCUUCUUCACCGACCGAUCCGGGGGCCGCCACGAGGGGUGCCUCUCCUUCGCCAUCGACGAGCUCCCCGUGCUCCACGGCAAGUCCCCGCUCCAGCUCUACGAGGCCUUCUUCCGCAGCUUCGCCGUCGCCUUCGACGACUUCUUCGACUCCACCAUCACCGACGUGACGGUGGGUCUGGGCGCGCACGGCGUGCUCCGGUACCCGUCGUACCCGCCGGGGAGCGACGCCCGCAAGUUCACGGGGAUGGGGGAGUUCCAGUGCUACGACAAGUACAUGCUGCAGCAGCUGCGGCAGCACGCCAAGGAAGAAGGGCAGGCGAUGUGGGGUCUGGCGGGGCCGCACGACGCGCCGCGGUACCACGACUCGCCGGACUCGUGCGGCUUCUUCAGGGAGCGCGGCGGGUCCUGGGAGACCCCCUACGGCGACUUCUUCCUGUCGUGGUACGCCGGGCAGCUGGUCGGGCACGGCGACCGCGUCCUGGGCACGGCCAACGCCGUGUUCGGCGGCAAGCCCGUGGAGCUGUCGGCCAAGAUCCCGUUCAUGCACUGGUGGCACGGCGCGCGGUCGCGCCCCGCCGAGGCGGCGGCGGGAUUCUACAAGAGCAACAAGAAGAACGGGUACAGCCCCGUGGCCAAGAUGUUCGCGCGCCAUGGCUGCACCAUGGUGGUGCCCGGGAUGGACGUGUGCAUGAACAAGCAGCACCACAGCACGGGGUCAAGCCCGGACACGCUGCUGGUGCAGAUGAAGAACGCGUGCCGCCGCCACGGCGCGCGCAUCGCGGGGGAGAACGCGUCGCUGGUGAUGACGCACACCAGCAGCUUCUCGCGCAUCCGGAGCAACAUCCUCACCACGGAGCUCAUGCGGCCCUGCCACUUCACGUACCAGCGCAUGGGCGCCGAGUUCUUCUCGCCCGACCACUUCCCGCAGUUCAUGGAGUUCGUGCGCAGCGUCGUGUGCGGCGAGUGGGACGAGGACGACGGCCCCACCGACGAGGAGCGCGGCAUGGCUGUGUCUGUGUCAGGACCCAGGGAGGCCAACACGCUUUGAACCUACCUACCUAUUUCAACUCAUCACAAAAAAACCAUGCAUCAAUCACCUGUCUCAUUAUUUCUUUAGACUUCCAAACAAAAUAUUCGCUGCUACUAGAUUUAGCUGAGAAGACCGAGAUGAUCCAAGUAUUAGUGGAUCAUCAGCGUUGCAAAUGUGCAACCCCAUAUAUGCAAUUUUUUCUUUUGAUUUGAUGAUGUCCUUUUUUUUUGGAUAUCUGGAGGCUUCAUUACUUGUUAACAUAACGUCUCAACUUGAGACCAUUUAUAUUUAUAAGCGAUGCUGUAUUCCAGUCAA